UUUUUCAUGCUGCUGUCUGCAGUGUGCGUAAUGCUCAACUUGGCUGGUUCCAUUCUCUCUUGUCAGAAUGCUCAGCUGGUACAGUCCCUGGAAGGAUGUCAGUUGAUUAAAUUUGAUAGUGAUGGUGUCUGUGUUUGCUGUGAAAUGCAGCAUCAAACAUCAGGCUGCAGUAACUUGGGAGAAACGCUGAAACUGAACCCUCUACAGGAAUGUAAUGUUGUGAGGCUGACCCUAAAGGACCUGUUGUUCAGUGUGUGCGCUCUCAAUAUCAUCUCCACCAUUGUCUGUGCUUUGGCAACAGCAAUGUGUUGCAUGCAGAUGGUUUCUUCUGAUCUUCUGCAAAUGUUUCUGCCACAGAGGCCACAUUCUACCAAUCCUGACUGCAUGACUCCACAUGGAACUAUCCUGCAUCAAACCUUGGAUUUUGAUGAGUUCAUACCACCAAUACCGCCUCCACCCUACUACCCACCAGAAUAUACCUGCACACCAGUGACAGAGGCACAGAGAGGUCUCCAUUUGGACUUUCCUCAUUCCCCGUUCAGUGCUUUGUAUGAAGUAACCAUUAACAGCCCAGGAAUGUUGUAUCCAACUGAGCUUCCCCCUCCUUAUGAGGCAGUGAUUGGAGAGACGCCUGCCAGUCAGGUCACUGGUACCGAUCAGCAAGUAUCCGAAUUGAGCGUGGGGGAGAGGAACGUGACCCUGGACUUCAGCACACAAGUUUCUGUUGAGAGCACCUCUUUGAUAGUCUCAGAAGAUGUUGAUAUCCCAGACCAUAGCUGCUCCUCUGAAGAUCUUUGUUCGCUGGAAGUUCAAGGAUCUCUCCAUUCUGCAGAUCUUUCUCCCUACUGUACAACCCCCAAAGGGGCUACGGACCAGAGCCGCAGCACCCGCUGCAGGUUCCACAGAACUCGCUCAGAGGGUUUUCCUGAUGAGGAUGACAGUCCCCACAGCCAAGCCUCUACAGACAGGUCUCAAGGACAAGAAAAGAAUUGUGCCUGUGGCAGGUCCUUGGACUGUUCCUCAGAGAAUUUCAGCCCCUCGGAAAGAGAACUGCAGUGUUCUGCUCAAAAGAGCAAUGCCACGCCGCCUUUGAAACAAAAGAAAAUCUGCUGUGCGGUCUUUAGCCAGCCUCCUGUCCCUUCCCAGACCUCUCCCUGUUUUGGGUCUGCAAAUACUUCAUCGUACGCAAGCAGCCACGAGAGUGCUGUCCGGCACCAUCCCGUUACAAAAUACCGAAUUUCAAAUAUAGUCCGAUCAACUAGUGACCCUGUAUCAUGUUCGUCCCAUACAGAAGGUGAUAAUUGUGCCUGGACUCCUAUAUGUAGCCAGCAUGGAGAUGCAGGAUUAUCUCCAGCUACAUUAGAAACAGUUCCUGUUUCUGGUUCUCAUAUGGCUGCCUCUGCUUGUCAGCGUUCUUUGAGCAGUUUCCUACCAACUGGAAAACAGAGGGAUACAAGGAAAAUUGAUCUACAUCUAAAGCCAAAGGCUUUGCACACAGUCUCAAAAGAGCGACCACACUCUUUAGUGGACCUUAAGGCCUACAAAGACACAAAAAUUUUAGUGGCAAAAUUUUUGGAACAUUCAAACUGUAACCUUCCUCCAGAAGUACGUCAUGUAGUGAACAAUAUACGAUCAGUAAUAAAAUCUGAUGAGAGACACAUGGAAGAAGCCAUCUUCAGUGCCAAUAUUAUAGAGCAGGUAAUUACAAGUUCCCAGCAGAAUGUGAAUACCUCUAGAAAGCGACUUCAAGAAGAUCUCCAUCUUCAGAGCUGCGGUGCUCUGAGCUCUCCAGUUGCCUUCUUACGUAGGUCCCAUCUCACUCGCAGUUUAGAGCGGGACAGGCCUCACAGUUUAAUUGGAGUUUGCCGGGAGACCAUCCUUUGAUAAUAUUCACAGGUAUGUGAUUCCAGCAGAGAGAAUUCAGGAAGAAACCAGGACUGGGAGAAACACAAGUAGUGGGUGACUUAAAAAGGAAAAAGUGUCUUCCUUUGGAAUUCCACUUUUUUCCAAUAGCAGGAGGAGAACACCUGUUUUUCUGAAUGUAAAUUUCAGCCCUGAUUUUUGCAAAAUUUUAACUGAUUUAUUAGUAAAGUCAUAACAAAUGUUUUCCCAGCCAGAAAUGCAUUUAUUUCACUGUAUUUAUAGAAAUGCUACUGAUGCUGCCUAGCAUUUCUUGAAAACCAUUGCAAAACUGCCAG